AAUGCGCCCACCCUCUCCAUGCACCUGUUCUCCAUGUGGCAGCCGGUUCUCUAACACGGAUAAACCCGAAGAUCAUGGCUGUUCAGACGAACAUAAUCCCGCCAAAGAAGGUCCAGGCCGGUGGGGUUCAGGCCAGUCUGGUUCAGGCCAGCGUGGCUGCAAUACAGAACCCGAUGGGCUGUGACACUACCGUGAACGGUCACUGUCUUCUGCCUCGUCUCUCCAUCACCUCUCGAUCGGCCAGCGUGGUCACAGGAAUAGACUCGGGAGCGGACGGAUUGGCUCCACACACAGUCAUGAAAUGGAAGACGGUCCUGGCUGUGUUCGUGGUGGUGGUGGUCUAUCUGGUUUGUGGUGGUCUGGUUUUCCGUGCGCUGGAGCAACCCUUCGAGAGUAAUCAGAAAGACAACAUCACACAAGAGAAAGCCUCGUUUCUACAGAGGAACCCCUGCGUCUCCCCGGCAGAGCUGGAGGAUCUUAUUAAGCAUGCGGUGGAUGCAUUCAGCGCUGGAGUGAGUCCCAUUGGAAACACAUCCCAUAAUUACAGUCACUGGGACCUCAGUAGCGCAUUCUUCUUCGCCGGGACUGUCAUCACCACUAUAGGCUACGGAAACAUCGCUCCCAGCACCGAGGGAGGAAAGAUUUUCUGCAUCCUCUACGCCAUAUUUGGAAUCCCUUUGUUCGGCUUCCUGCUGGCUGGCGUCGGUGAUCAGCUCGGCACCAUGUUCAUAAAGAGCAUCUUAAAGGUGGAAAAGAUAUUCAGGCAGAAACACAAGCAGAUCAGUCAGACGAAAAUCCGCGUCACCUCCACCAUUCUCUUCAUUCUGGCGGGCUGUAUCGUGUUUGUCACCAUACCGGCGUUUAUCUUCAAACACAUCGAGGGCUGGAGUACUUUAGAAGCUAUAUACUUUGUUGUAAUAACUCUGACCACGGUCGGCAUUGGAGAUUAUGUUGCAGGUGGUGACCGUGUCAAAGAAUACAUGAAAUGGUACAAACCUCUGGUGUGGUUCUGGAUUCUGGUGGGUCUGGCGUACUUCGCAGCCGUUCUCAGCAUGAUAGGAGACUGGCUCAGGGUUCUGUCCAAGAAAACGAAAGAGGAGGUGGGGGGGUUUAAGGCUCACGCAGCUGAAUGGAAGGCAAACGUCCGAGCAGAGUUACGAGAAACACGCAGACGUCUCAGCGGCGAGAUCCACGACAAACUCCAGCGAGCCGCCACCCUCCGCAGCAUGGAGCGCAGACGUCUGGGUCUGGAGCAGCGCGCUCUCUCGCUCGACAUGCUCUCGCCGGAAAAAAGAGCGGUGUUCGCCAGCCUGGACACCGGCCGCUUCAAGACCUCCUCUCAGGAGAGCAUCGACACCAAACUCAACAACCUCCGACUCAAAGCUGAGGCGGGCGGACAGCAGAUGUCCUCAGACGAAAACAUCUUCAACCGCUUCGGCUCGCUCACUAAACUGGCCAAGCGCAACAGGAGCAAAGAUCUCCGCAGGAACAUCCCAGAAGACACGGCCAGAGCCGGCGAGGUCGUCAGCAGUAACAGCAGCAACAUCACACUGGGAGAAGACAGAAGAGAAGAAGAAGAGGAGACGACGGCAGAGGAGAAGACGGAAAAAGAGGCAAACACCAGCUUCACCUGUUUGCCGCACUAUUCAGAGGAAUCCAAAGAGCAGAACGGUUUCGCUCCGGCUCAGGCCAAAGAACAAGAGAGAAACAAAAGACUCGAGCAGAAAGAACAUCAGCCUUAGAAAGAGCGAAGACAGCAGAAGGCAAAGGGUUAAAGAAAUCAUUCACCUUUCUUCUGAAGAAGAACCUGAAAAAAGAAACGACAUCGGAAGCGGUCAACAUCGACAAACCAAUGUCUUUUCAUUUCUCAAGUGGGCUGAAGUCAGCUGAGAGAAACACAUCCUUUAAAAAACGUUUACGCAUUUGCGGACCCUGUUCUCCAAAGCGACUUGCAUUGCAUUGUCCUUUACAUUUUUUGUUUCUAAAUAUGUGCAAUCCCCUGGGAUCGAACCCACAACAUUGCUCUUACCACUGAGCUACAGGAAUAAAAAAACAUGAGUGGGUAUUCACAUGACAAAGUGUUUUUACACAGAGAGGAAGCUCAAGUGGGUUUUGGAACGAAAACGUUUCAUUUCAGGGUGAAUUUUUUCUUUAACCGAUGUCAGAAAAUGUGCCUUUCUAUUCCUUGACUUGUUGCAAUGAACUGCUGUUUGCGUCCAAAUGAACCUUUCCAAAUUGCCAAAAGGACACACAGAGAUGAAAUGUCAUUUUACGCGAAACUACUGUACAGGUUUUCACAACAGGAGAACUCAAACAUCGACAAAGACUCUAUGGAUUGGGUUUGGCUGACGGUAAACUAAAGCAUCCUGGGAAUGAAAACCCUGCUGCUCUCGUGAAUCAGAUGAAUCUUGGAUCUGUGACAGAUGUUUCAAGAGAAUCAACAUAAACUUGUAAAACAAUUCAGAUUUGGGGGACUGAAGAGUUGGAGGUGUUUAUGAGCGUGUCUGUUUUAUGAAAGGAGUGUUUGGUGUUUAAUGCUUGUGAAGCUCAACAUGACAGGUUGUUCGUUUCAACAAGAACAUCAUUUAGGUUCAACCCUCAGUUUAUCACACAGAGAUGAUGUUUACAGUAAUGCAUUUACAAUAGAAGUGUGUGACGUUACACGUGAUCAACACGAGAACCAGUGACUAAUCAUGUGUGUGUAUUGAUACCAUAAACAUCGACAAACAUUAACAUCGGUUUACACAAAACCAACAGCAACAUCCUAACACAUGUGUCCUCUGAAGAAAAGUCAAUUGUACACUUUUAACUCAAGCACUUAACAAGGAUACAAGCCGCAUAUCUCUUCUGUACAGUAAGUACAUUACGGUAAACAUGAUUGUUAAACAGAGCUUUCGGUCUAUUAAACGCCGCGCUCACAUAUCAGUAAUGUGUUAACAUAAUAAUCCAAUGUCUUGUUGAUAAACAAGAUGGUUGUGCAGAUGAGAACGAGAGUGAAAGCUGUCUGUACCACAGGAUGGAUUCAAGCUGUAAAACAGACCUCAGGGAAAAAUAAUAAAAGGAAAUGUGCCCCUUUA